GUAUCAGCGUAUGUAUAUUCAUGUGUAUCUAUAUUUUAAAGCUUCUUAUUUUUUUCUCAGAAAAUAUCUUCAUGUUUUGUUCCUUUCCGUUAUAUAUAACUCAUAAUUCUCUUCCAAAGUUCCUGGAUUGUCCCCAAAUCAUUUGGAGAUUUAAGAAGCAGAAGACCGAUCUUCAAGAGAGAAGAAGAAAAUGUGUAUUCAUCUUGAUGAUCAAUCACAACACAAACUCCCUUGUCUCCAUUGCCAACCACAUUCAUACAUUCGCAUGGUUCAACAUAUGAUUGAGAGAUGCAUUCUACUCCGUAUGACUCGUGAUGAAUGCGUCAAGGCGUUAGACCACCACGCAAGCAUUCUACCACUCGUUACCCUCACCGUUUGGAGAGGACUUCAAAGGGAAAAUAAGGAUUUCUUUGAAAUGUACGGACAUUUCGUAUCUCCUAGGCCCUUCUUAACAGGCGGAUAUGUUCGGAGAUCGCGGAGGUUUGCGAGAAGGAUACAAUGAAGACUUUGCUCUAGGCUUCUAAAUAUAGGAGAAAAUGCUUGAACUUUAUAUAUGUAGACCUAGGCUAAAUAUACAUAUUCUCAAGAUAAGAGAUAUUCAUGCUAUAUAAUACGUGGACCUUUUUGUUAAAAGGUUUCACUAUAAAGUUAAGCAGAGAACCUGUUUUGUGUAAACUACUUCUAAGGUUGCUUAUUUAGAUGCAGUCAAAGAAAAGACUUUUGAGACCAGUCUAGUAAUUGAAAACUCUGGAUUCUUUA